AUUCAAUACUGUCGUGAAACUUCUUCAAAUUGUUUCGUUCAGCUUUAUAGAGAAUUUUGGGUUAGGUUUUCCACAGUAACUCACAGAAAUUUUUCUGCUGAUGCUUGCAUAUGGCAACACCGAGUCGUGCCAGGAUUUAUCCUGAGGUCAAUACUCACAGACCAAGAGAUUACUGGGAUUAUGAAUCACAUGUUGUUGAUUGGGGCAGAAGCCAAGAUGAUUUUCAACUUGUGAGGAAACUUGGCCGAGGUAAAUACAGCGAAGUAUUUGAAGCAAUCAAUGUCACAAAUAAUGACAAAGUUGUUGUGAAAAUUUUGAAGCCUGUGAAAAAGAAAAAGAUUAAGAGAGAGAUUAAAAUCUUACAAAAUCUCAGAGGAGGUCCCAAUGUCAUCACAUUGCUUGACAUUGUAAAAGAUCCUGUUUCAAGGACCCCUGCACUUGUCUUUGAACAUGUAAAUAACAUUGACUUCAAGCAAUUGUACCAGACAUUAACUGACUAUGACAUACGUUGUUAUAUGUUUGAAAUCCUCAAGGCACUGGAUUUUUGUCACAGUAUGGGAAUAAUGCACAGAGAUGUUAAACCUCAUAAUGUAAUGAUCGAUCACGAAAGUCGAAAACUCAGACUGAUUGACUGGGGCCUUGCUGAAUUCUAUCAUCCAAGUCAGGAGUACAAUGUCAGAGUUGCAUCAAGAUAUUUUAAAGGACCCGAGCUUUUAGUGGAUUACCAGUAUUAUGACUAUUCACUUGACAUGUGGAGUUUAGGCUGCAUGUUGGCUUCCAUGAUAUUUAGAAAAGAACCAUUUUUCCACGGACACGACAACUAUGAUCAGUUGGUUCGAAUUGCAAAAGUUCUUGGCACUGAAGAUUUAUACGAUUAUAUUGAAAAAUACAACAUAGAACUUGAUCCCAGAUUCAAUGACAUUCUUGGAAGACAUUCGAGAAAGAGGUGGGAAAGAUUUAUUCACACUGACAACCAGCAUCUGGUCAGCCCAGAAGCAUUAGAUUUUCUUGACAAAUUGUUACGAUACGAUCAUCAGACACGACUGACUGCUCAAGAAGCAAUGGAACAUCCUUAUUUCUUCCCUGUAGUGAAAAUGCAACAAGCAGGAAUGUCAUCUGCUAAUCUGCAAUCUUCCUCUACACAACUGCCACAAGAUCUUGGAUCAGGUUAGAUCAUCGCACCGUUUAGGGGGUGGAAGUGUUGGUGGAAAUACGAGUAACAUAUCCAGCUCUAUACCAGGACAAAGUGCUUCACAAAGUGGAAUGCCUCAGCAGUAGAUAACAGAUAGUGCACAAUUCCUCAUAUUAAUGCUGAUAUUACUGCUAUAUUAGAUAUUACUUUUCCUACUACUUUCUUUUUGGUGACUGUGACUGACUCUUUGUUCAUCUUGUUGUAAUUAGAUUUGCUGCCAAUGAGAAUUUGGCAUCUAACUUUCCGGACUAGGUUAUGAUUACAACAAAUGUCAACUAGUAGUUUUUUGGUUAUCUGUUUUAUUGUCCUGUAGUAAGAAUUUGUGCAUGUGGUCUUUGUGAUGGUAUUGAUAUUUAUUUCAACUAGUUUUUAGAAACCAAAAUUUGUUCUCACACAAAAGCUGUUGUGCCAUUUUUGAUUUUUCUCUCCUGCAUUUUCUAUAUUGUUUUGAUUUGUGUCGCUUCCAACUUACCGCUCAUCGUCUCUCUGUAUCAAACAUGCUUGCUAAAAUACGUAAAUGGUGAACGAUA